AUGAUCAAAUCUGGAUCUGUUCUAAUCGCAUUUGUGCUCUGCCUGUUGGCGGGCGACGCUAAUAGCUCAUUAUCAAUUACCUGCAAUGGCAAUCCACAGCAGGAUUACCUGAAGAUUAACUCGAAGUACUUCUUUAUAUGGCACACAAAGGUUGGCUGGUUUCAUGCAUCACACAUAUGCCGGCGAUUUGGCGGAGAUCUGGCCCUUAUCGAAUCGGAAGAGGAGAUGACGUCUAUUUCCAAUUUUCUACUGAGCCAGGGUUAUGACGGCUCCGCUUGGUUUUGGACAUCGGGCAACGAUAUUGUUCAAAAUCGUCGUUUCGAAUCAAUAACAAACGGAAUGCCCUUGAACUAUACCAAAUGGUCACAUGGCGAGCCCGAUAAUGCGGGUGGCAACGAGCAUUGCGUGCAUUUGUGGUUACGUGAUGGCUCCUUCAAAAUGAACGACUGGAUAUGUCGUGAAAGGGCUCAUGUCUUAUGUCAAAACCAAAAUCACACACGUUGCUGGGAGGCUUAUAAUUAA